GGCACAAUCAUUCUACAUAUACAGGUAUACAUUAUAUAACAAUAUAAAGCUGUAUAAAAAAAUUUACAAAAGACAUUGAAUCAUGCCCCCUAUUGGUUAUGAUGUCAUUCUUACAGUACCACCUAUAGUUAUGAUGUCAUUCUUUCAGUGCUACCUAUAGUUAUGAUGUCAUUCUUACAGUGCCACCUACUGGUUAUGAUGUCAGUCUUACAGUGCCACCUACUGGUUAUGAUGUCAGUUUCACAAUGCCACCAAUUGGUUAUGAUGUCAUUCUUACAGUGCCAUCUACUGGUUAUGAUGUCAGUUUUACAGUGUCACCUAUUGGUUAAGAUGUCAGUCUUACAGUGCCACCUAUUGGUUAUGAUGUCAUUCUUACAGUGCCACCUAUUCGUUAUGUUGUCAGUCUUACAGUGCCACCUAAAGGUUAUAAUGUCAUUCUCACAGUGCCACCUAUUGUGAUGUCAGUCUUACAGUGCCACCUAUUGGUUAUGAUGUCAUUCUUUCAGUGCCACCUAUUGGUUAUGAUGUCUUUCUUACAGUGCCACCUAUCGGUUAUGUUGUCAUUCUUUCAGUGCCACCUAUUGGUUAUGAUGUCUUUCUUACAGUGCCACCUAUUGGUUAUGAUGCCAUUCUUACAGUGCCACCUAUUGGUUGUGAUGUCAGUUUUACAGUGCCACCUAUUGGUUGUGAUGUUAUUCUUACAGUACCACCUAUUGGUUAUGAUGUCAGUCUUACAGUGCCACCUAUUGGUUAUGAUGUUAUUCUUACAGUGCCACCUAUUGGUUAUGAUGUCAGUCUUAAAGUGCCACCUAUUGGUUAUGAUGUCAGUCUUACAGUGCCACCUAUUGGUUAUGAUGUUAUUCUUACAGUGCCACCUAUUGGUUAUGAUGUCAGUCUUACAGUGCCACCUAAAGGUUAUAAUGUUAUUCUUACAGUGCCACCUAUUGGUUAUAAUGUUAUUCUUACAGUGCCACCUAUUGGUUAUGAUGUCAUUCUUUCAGUGCAACCUAUUGGUUAUGAUGUUAUUCUUUCAGUGCCACCUAUUGGUUAUGAUGUCAUUCUUUCAGUGCAACCUAUUGGUUAUGAUGUUAUUCUUACAGUGCCACCUAUUGGUUAUGAUGUCAUUCUUUCAGUGCAACCUAUUGGUUAUGAUGUCAUUCUUUCAGUGCCACCUAUUGGUUAUGAUGUCAUUCUUUCAGUGCAACCUAUUGGUUAUGAUGUUAUUCUUACAGUGCCACCUAUUGGUUAUGAUGUCAUUCUUUCAGUGCCACCUAUUGGUUAUGAUGUCAUUCUUUCAGUGCAACCUAUUGGUUAUGAUGUCAUUCUUACAGUGCCACCUAUUGGUUAUGAUGUCAUUCUUACAGUGCCAACUAUUGGUUAUGAUGUCAGUCUUACAGUGCCACCUAUUGGUUAUGAUGUCAUUCUUACAGUGCCAACUAUUGGUUAUGAUGUCAGUCUUACAGUGCCACCUAUUGGUUAUGAUGUUAUUCUUACAGUGCCACCUAUUGGAUAUGGUGUCAGUCUUACAGUGCCACCUAUUGGUUAAGAUGUCAGUCUUACAGUGCCACCUAUUGGUUAUGAUGUCAUUCUUACAGUGCCACCUAUUUGUUAUGUUGUCAGUCUUACAGUGCCACCUAAAGGUUAUAAUGUUAUUCUUACAGUGCCACCUAUUAGUUAUAAUGUUAUUCUUACAGUGCCACAUAUUAGUUAUAAUGUUAUUCUUACAGUGCCACAUAUUGGUUAUGAUGUCAUAAUUACAUUUUCAGGCUGUAAAAAACUUAGUUUUGUUCACAAACAUUCGUUGCUUCCUGCAAAGUACUACAUCAUUAAUCUAGCCAAUAAACCCUACUCUCAACAUCUCUGUCAAGUGAUAAUGCAAAUAAAACUUGUAAGUUAAAUUUUGAUUCAUAUCUAUUUAUUUCUAACUAGUUUGGCUAGUUUGGCACAAUCAAUUGUUAUUUACAGAAUUUAUAGCAAAUAAAAAAUAAUUUUAAUAAUAUAUAUUUUAAUAUUAAAAAUUAACACUAAUGAUUAGCCUCUUGUAUACAGUGAGAUCAUGUCAUGGUAUUGCCACUUCCUAUCAAAAUCACAAAACAUUUAUUUUGCUUGUUAACUCAUUUGCUACGAAUGACGUGAUAUGACGUCAUAAAGCACAUAGGUUGACUACAGAGGAUGUAUUUAUUCUGAAAGAGUAUAUCAUAUGCUUUAAAAUGAUAUGUAUAUGUUUGCCCAUGUAUCAUGUAUAUACUGUACUUAACAUAUUAUCUCAGAGGUACCAUAUAUGACAAUUUUCAAAAAUUCUUCAGUAUUUUAGUGCUUUUUGCCCCAGUAUUGAAUGAGUUAACUAUACGUACAUUGAUACAAAUGUAAACCGUCCACUAACAGAAGUAGGUUACGUUAAAUGGACAUAUGCUGAACAA